UUAAAAAAAAACAGUAGGCUCUGAAUUACAAGUCCCAACUCUAAAUCCCAAAUCCACCGAGUUCCUCUCCGGCGAGUCGACGCCGCGCCAUCGACUCCGACGACGCUCCGGCCGGCGACUUGAUGUCGACGUCCCGUCAAUCGAUCGACAUCAACGGCCACCGCCGCCAGCCGAUUCUCCUGGACACGAACGUCCUCAUCACCGACGCCAUGAACGACGACACCGUCGCCACCCUCACAUCCAGCAGAGGCCACACCAUCAAGGUAUCUUCCUGGAUCUCCCAACCUCCGGCAAUCUCCUACCUAUCGUUCCACUGCCACUACUCCUCCCACCCUAGGUACAACAACUUCGACGAACUCGAUGCCAAAAUUGUCGGAGCAGAAGGCUCGUUCAUCCUCCUCACUGCUCUCGCAAGCCCUCGCGGCAGCGAGAGAUACGACUAUUUGAUGUAUAAGCUACAUGGCUAUGGUGACAAUGGCGAGUCGUGGUCGUCGUCGCUGGAGCAGGUUCCACUUCCUCAUGUUUAUCCUCUACCGGUAAUCGAGGAGUUCGGUAUCGUCCCAAAUGGUGGUAAACAUUUCGAUCUAGCUGCUCUCGUCGUCGAUUAUCGGUCACCGAUGAAGUGUUCGUAUUCGAUGCACAUCUAUUCAUCCAAGGACACUAACUGGAGAGUCAUUCCGAUGGUCGAUCCGUACCCGGAGGUUAGGAAGGUUAUUGCAACCAAGGUGAUCACGAUCGCGGAAGGUGUGCUGGGAUGGGUUGAUCUCGAUCACGGCGUGAUGGUUUGCGACCUGCGUGAAGAUGUCCCCGGUUUACGCUACGUUCCUCUACCCGCGCCGCUGCCUCAGAACUGGUACAGAUUGAAGGAGUUUCUCCCAGGAACUUUGGCUAAGUCGUUCCGUGAUCUCGUGUGCGUCGACGGUGUGAUGAGCUUCGUCGAGAUGGAACACCGUGUGAUCGUAACAACUGAGAAGCCAAGUGAUCCCAGCAAAAUGCAAGUUCUUUACGACACUGACCUGAUAGUGUCAUAUAACCUCAAAGAUUUGAACAAGAAACCCCAGCAGCUGCAGAGAAAGGAUGGUUGGAGGAUUGUGUCAUGGAGUCGGCAUGUUUCGUCCAACUGUUGGGAAAAAGGUUGUGAGGUUGAUGCUGUUGACAUAUCAGGGUUAAGUCCAAAUCUUGCAGAGAAUUUAGCUUCUCCAACCCUGGGUGUGGAUGAUGGUGAUGUUGUGUACAUGAGAUCUAAGGCUAGCUUGGGUAAGGGAAAGAUGGUAGCUAUUGAUCUUAGAAGGAAGAAAGUGAAGGCAAUUGGACCGUAUUCCUUUGAAAAGCAUGAUCCUUUUUCUUUGAAAGCUUUCUCGACAUGCUUAUUGCCUCCAGAUGAUUGGAGAAAACGAUCAAAGUAUAAGUAACUGUACCUGAUAUUAAGAAUGGCUAAACUGAGAAUAUCGAAGGCUAUUGGCCUCCACAGAGAGAUGCUUCAAUCCUGUCCUAGACAUACCUGGGUAACUUGAUGUUCCUCGAUAGUGUCCUGAGUGACCAUACACGCCUACUUGACCCUUGGGUCCACUGGUGUACUACCUAGCGUCUCGCUUGCAACUUCUAUGAUAAAAACAGGCAUACCAGCCAUCCUUCAUGGGGGAAAGACUUCCUACCUCCUCCUCUUGCUUCGGCACACAGUCAGGAGGAGACAUCCACCUUGGGUAUUCUCAGCAAGUCCUCUGUUCAUCAUCCCCCGGCACACAUUCAGAAUAUGACAGUGUUCACAACCUGCCGGGUCAGAACCCAACAUGGCAGUUUUCUGAUCCUCAUGUGAUGAAGACAUUGUUGGAACUUAAUGUAGUGUCAUCUCUUCUGUUAGGUUGUAGUCAUGGGGUUAAGAUUUGCUUCGAGGCAGUACUCUAAUCUGAGCUAGAACCGUGUAACGCCUUCCUCUCCCAACAGAGUUCCGAAUGAAUGCAAAUCAUCUAUGUCCUUUGCACUGCAUCGUGCUAAUGGUAUCCUCUGUCACCGUC